GGUGCCCAGUUGAACGUUGCACGGGGGAGGCUGCCACUUCUCCCUGGAGCUAUUGGUUGAGCAGCGGCGCUGGCACCUUCCUGGCAGCCGGAUUUGCCCCACGGAGCUUCCUGCCCUCUCUUUAUCCAACCCCCCCGGUGGGUGCCUCAGAUUUACUCUUCGGCGUCUGAUUCUGCGUUUGGCGCUUUGACCUCGCAGCCAACAUGGUGGCCGGAAUGCUGAUGCCGCUGGACCAGUUACGGGCCAUUUAUGAAGUCAUAUUCAGAGAUGGCGUCAUGGUGGCAAAGAAUGACCAGCGCCCGCAGAGCCGGCACGCCGAGGUGCCUGCCGUCACCAACCUGCAGGUCACCAAAGCCAUGGGCUCAUUGAAAUCCCGCGGCUUCGUCCGGGAAACCUUCGUAUGGCGCCACUGUUACUGGUAUCUGACCAACGAGGGCAUCGCCUACCUGCGCCAGUAUCUGCAUCUGCCCCCUGAAAUUGUACCCGCAUCCCUGCAGCGAGUCAGGCGCCCUGUGCCCGUGCCCGGGGUACCACGCCGCCCGCCGGCUCCCAAGGUGCAGACUCUCCGCGGCCCCAUAUCCUACGCCCCCAAGGCCAACGAGGAGGGCGACAGGCAGGACUAUCGGAGGGUAGAAGCGCCGUUGGAAAAGGAGGGUUCUGUGCCAGGCCUGUUCAAUGCCAGGGCACCGGAGGAAGAUGGGCUGAAAGGUGGGUGGCACAGAUGGUCAGUGGAUGCUCAGGAUGCCAAGCGGGCACUCUCUAAUGUAUCAGGGGCACCGAGGGGCAAGCAGGGCCAGGGGGCAGAGGAGAGUAGGAAGAUGCCAGUGAGAGAGGAGAGCAGGUUGUUUGCCCCCGGGCAGAAGGGCACCAAGACCCAGGCAGGAGGGGCCCCCAGUGAGCUGUGGGCAGUUCCCAGUAUCCCGGUAUCUGGCAGCUGGGAGCAGGGGAGGGGGGGGGCCCAAAGCCCGGAGAGAGAAGUGGAGCGAGAAUUGGAGCGGGUCGUCAGCGCAGUGAUCUCAUCCUCCCGGCCCGGAACUGGAGAUAAGCGGGAGGGAGGGGGGCAGGGGCAGAAGCAGCCAGAGACGGGGGCAAUUGCCUCUGUAGCCCAGAGAGGGCCCCGGCCUGGGGUAGGGGGGGCACAGGGAGAUGCAGGGAAGGGGGAGGCUCAGGGGCAGAAAGGAGAUAUCAGGGGGGAGGCCACUGAGGGACAAAGGGGGGCAGAUCUGGUUUCUACCCCUGAACCCACAAACAGAAGAGAAAUCAAACAGAAGAAAAAGGGUAAAAAUGAAAAGGUGGAAGGGGAGAGCCAGGGGGUUCAUCCUGCAGUGCCCCCCCAAUCUGUAGAUAAUAAACCCAAAGGGGAAAAGGAUAAUAGGGCAAACAGGGGCCAUAAAGAGGGGGGGCAAAUACCCAUUUCUACCUUAGUGACUGAACCCCCCAAAGCUGAACCCAAACAGGAGACCAAAAAAGGCAAAAAAAAGAAAGAAAAAGUAGAGAAUUUGGGUGAUACCCAGAGGGAUGCCAGUCCAUUGGCACCAGAACCCCAUGACCCAGUGGCACCGGCUGCCAAUAGUAGCCACGAGGGGGCAGAAGAGCUGCAGGUCGGAGCUGCCAUAGUGUCACAGAGUAUCACCAGUGUAGCGGCUCCAGUCCCGAGCCCCCCAGCCCCCGGCCCCCCAGAGUCAGGGCCCAAGCAAGAGAAGAAGUCCAAAAAGCCGGGAGUCCAGGGUCCAGUUCCUCCCAAGGAAGAGAGCUUCCAGAACCAGACCGGCCCAGUUCCUAGUGAGGGGCCACACAGGGAAGAGAGCUCAGUGCAGAACCAGACCGGCCCAGUUCCUAGUGAGGGGCCACACAGGGAAGAGAGCUCAGUGCAGAACCAGACCGGCCCAGUUCCCAGUGAGGGGCCACACAGGGAAGAGAGCUCAGUGCAGAACCAGACCGGCCCAGUUCCUAGUGAGGGGCCACACAGGGAAGAGAGCUCAGUGCAGAACCAGACCGGCCCAAUUCCUAGUGAGGGGCCACACAGGGAAGAGAGCUCAGUGCAGAACCAGACCGGCCCAGUUCCCAGUGAGGGGCCACGUAGCAGCCAUGAUGCCAAAGUGGGGGAGACGGGGGCAGAACCCCAGCCCAGAAACUCUCUAGACUCCCAGGCCGGGACCAGAGGUGCAAAGAGACAGCUGGAAGUUGAGACCAAGGAAGAGACAGUCUCGCGGGUCGGGUACCAUAUUCAGUUAGAGUCCGUUACAGAGAGAGUGGAGGUUAUUGGGGUACAGGCAGAAUGGGGCUCAGAGGCGAAGGGGAAACCAGAACAAACGAACAUUCUGGACUUAGAGAUCCCCAAGGAGACCUUUGGGCACAAACAUGAACUGAUGGGCACAGUGGUGCCAACCGACGGGCAAAAUCAGCAGCUGAGAUUGGGGGGCGACCCACAGGCACUGCCAAGUGCUGAUACCCAGAAUCCUCCAGUGACUGAUACGGUGCAGGACACCAAACCGGAACCGGUACCACUUGCUACAGAACCACAAGGGACCAAUGAACUGGAAGCUGCUGAGCUGGCAGUGGUUCUGACCCAGAUUCCUCCUGUGCUACCUGAGCCGGGGACCAAGGCCGGACCUUCUGAACCGGACCCAGGGGCGAUGCCGGACAGACUGCCGGACAAGCAGGGAGUCGUGGUGGUGAGGAAGACUUGCCAGACUGUGUCUCAAGUGGCCAUUGUGGCCCACAAACCCUCACUGGGCGAGAGAACCCAAGAGACAACCCAAGAAACAACCCAAGAGAGAACCGUGAGAUUGCAGAGAGAAGAGACGGCCAAUCAGCUGGCCCAAAACCAGACUAUAGUGGGUGUGGUUACGUCUGAGCCAGGCUCCACCUCUGAUGAAGAUGAAAGAGACCGAGUGCAAAAGAAAACUUUUACCAAAUGGGUGAACAAGCACCUGAUCAAGCACUGGAGAGCGGAGGCCCAGCGUCACGUCAACGAUCUGUACGAAGACCUUCGGGAUGGGCACAACCUCAUCUCCCUGCUGGAGGUGCUCUCGGGGGAGACCCUGCCGCGGGAACGGGACGUUAUCAGGAACUUGCGGUUGCCCCGGGAGAAGGGCAGAAUGCGCUUCCACAAACUGCAGAACGUACAGAUUGCCCUGGAUUUCCUCAAGCUGAGACAGGUCAAGUUGGUGAAUAUCAGAAAUGAUGACAUUGCAGACGGGAACCCCAAACUCACCCUGGGACUGAUAUGGACCAUAAUCCUUCACUUCCAGAUUUCCGAUAUCCAGGUGAGCGGCCAAUCAGAGGACAUGACGGCCAAGGAGAAGCUGCUCCUGUGGUCCCAGCGCAUGGUGGAAGGCUACCCGGGUCUGCGCUGCGACAACUUCACCAGCAGCUGGCGAGAUGGGCGUCUCUUCAACGCCGUCAUCCACCGACACAAGCCGAUGCUCAUCGAUAUGAACAGAGUUUACCGACAGAAAAACUUGGAAAACCUGGAACAGGCGUUUGGGGUGGCCGAGCGGGACCUGGGCGUCACCCGACUGCUGGACCCCGAGGAUGUCGAUGUCCCUCAGCCUGAUGAGAAGUCUAUAAUCACCUACGUGUCCUCUCUGUACGACGCCAUGCCCAGGGUGCCCGACGUGCAGGAUGGGGUGAGGGCAAAUGAGCUGGAGCUGAGGUGGCAGGAGUAUUACGAGAGGGUGACGGUGCUGCUCCAAUGGAUCCGUCACUACACGGUCGUCUUCGAGGAACGGAGAUUCCCUGCAAGUUACGAGGAGAUCGAGAUCCUGUGGCGCCAGUUCCUUAAGUUUAAGGAGACGGAUCUGCCCAGUAAGGAGGCCGACAAGAACCAGUCCAAACUGCAGUACCAGGCCUUGGAGGGUGCAGUGAAGUCGGGGCAGAUAAAGGUGCCCCCUGGGUACCACCCGCUGGAUGUGGAGAAGGAAUGGGGCAAACUGCACGUGUCCAUCCUGGAGCGGGAGAAGCUGCUGCGCAUCGAGCUGGAGAGGUUGGAGCGGCUGCAGCGCAUCGUCAGUAAAUUACAGAUGGAGUCCGGGCUGUGCGAGGAGCAACUCAACCAGGCUGAUGCCUUGCUACAGACGAACAUCCGCCUGCUGAAUGCUGGGAAACAGCCCCAGAGAUCGGGGGAGAUCGAGCGCGACUUGGACCAGGCAGACGCCAUGAUUCGCAUUCUGUUUAACGACGUGCAGGCUCUUAAAGAUGGCCGCCAUCCCCAGGGGGAACAGAUGUACAGGAGGGUUUAUCGCCUUCACGACCGCCUGGUUGCUAUGCGCACCGAGUACAACCUAAGGAUAAAGUCGGGUGCCACCCAGGUCAUCACCCAGGUCACCCACGUCACCCAGCAGGCAUCCCGGCCAGACAUGGAUGAUGCCACCCUACGGUACCUGCAGGACCUGCUCAGCUGGGUGGAAGAAAACCAGAAGCGAAUAAAUACGGCGGAAUGGGGGUCGGACCUGCCGAGCGUUGAGUCCCAGUUGGGCAGUCACCGUGGUCUUCAUCAGUCCAUCAACGAGUUCCGAGCCAAGGUGGAACGGGCGCGAGCCGAGGAGGGCCAGUUCUCAGGAAACCGCGGAUCCUACCAGGAAUAUUUGGGAAAACUGGAUCUACAAUACGCCAAACUGCUGAACUCCUCCAAGGCCCGUCUGCGGCAUCUGGAGAACCUCAACACCUUUGUCUCUGCGGCCACCAAAGAGCUGAUGUGGCUGAACGAUAAAGAAGAGGAAGAGGUGAACUACGACUGGAGCGAGCGCAACACCAACAUGACCAGCAAGAAGGACAACUACUCCGGCUUAAUGCGAGAGCUUGAACUGAAGGAGAAGAAGAUCAAGGAGAUCCAGAAUACAGGGGACCGGCUGCUUCGUGAGGACCACCCAGCCAAGUCCACCGUGGAGGCUUUCCAGGCGGCUCUGCAGACCCAGUGGAGUUGGAUGUUGCAGUUGUGCUGCUGUAUCGAGGCCCAUCUGAAGGAGAACACCGCCUACUUCCAGUUCUUUGCAGACGCGAAGGAGGCGGAGGAUCACCUGAAGAAGAUCCAGGACACCAUGCGCAGGAAGUACGUGUGUGACCGCUCCAUCACCGUCACGCGGCUGGAGGACCUCCUGCAGGACAGCAUGGAUGAGAAGGAGCAACUGUCUGAGUAUAAAGGGCAACUUGCCAGUCUGGCCAAGCGGGCCGCAUCCAUCAUUCAACUGAAACCACGAAGCCCCUCAAAUCCCCCCAAAGGCCAGCAGCCAGUGCAAGCAGUGUGUGACUACAAGCAACUAGAGAUCACCGUGCAUAAGGGGGAUGAGUGUUUGCUGGUAGACAACUCACAGCCCUACAAGUGGAAGGUACUAAACGCUUCAGGAAGUGACGCCGUUGUCCCCUCCGUCUGUUUCCUGGUUCCGCCGCCCAAUAAGGAGGCUCGGGACGCAGUGAGCAGGCUUGAGAGCACUCACCAGUCCCUAAAUACCCUGUGGCACACACUCAGCAUUGACCUGAAGAGCUUACUCUCCUAUCAGUACCUGCUCCGAGACAUCCAGCUUAUCCAGUCCUGGUCUCUCAUCACAUUCCGCAGUAUGACAUCCGAGGAGUAUAAAGCCGCUCUCCGGAACCUUGAGAUUCACUACCAGGACUUCAUGAGAGACAGCCAAGACUCCCAGAACUUCCACCCCGAUGACCGCAUGAACAUCGAGAGAGAGUACAGCUCCUGCACCCAGAAGUACGAGAUGCUCCUGCGCAGUCUGGAGAAAGGGGAACAAGACGAGAGCUCGUGUAAGAACUACAUCUCCCAACUGAAGAACAUCCAGCUCCAGCUCGACGGCUGUGAGUCUCGUACGGUCAGCAAGAUCCGCUCUCCUCUAGACAAGGAUCCCAUCAAGGAAUGUUCUCAGCGAAUCGGAGAACAGCAGCAAAUCCACUUUGAGCUGGAGAGCAUCCAGAAGAACCUGGAUAAGGUGACUGAGAAGACGGAGAAGAUCCUUGUCCAGCCCGAUCUUGGCAGCUCUGCCCCAGUGCUGCGCUCAGAGCUUGAUGUUACCCUGCAGAAGAUGAACCAGGUCUACAGCCUGUCCACCAUUUAUCUGGACAAACUGAAGACCAUCAACUUGGUUAUCAGGAACACCCAGGGGGCUGAAGAGGUGGUCAAGACUUAUGAGGAUCAGCUGAAAGAGGUCCAGUCCGUGCCCUCUGAUCUGAAAGAGCUGGAGAGUAACAAGUCUGAACUGAAGAGGAUGCGCGGGCAAGUUGAAGGCCAACAGCCUCUCUUCAGCAAUCUGGAAAAUGAUCUGAGCAAAGCCAAGGAGGUCAGCGAGAGGAUGCUGAGGUCCCACAAUGAGCGGGAUGUGGACCUGGACCGGUACCGGGAGAGAGUGCAGCAGCUUCUGGAGCGUUGGCAAGCCAUUGUGCUUCAGAUAGACAUCCGGCAGAGAGAGCUGGAACAGCUGGGCAAGCAGCUCCGCUACUACCGGGAGAGCUACGAGUGGCUCAUUCAGUGGAUUACGGAAGCCAAGAAGCGCCAGGAGAAGAUCCAAUCUGUGCCCAUAACCGACAGCAGGACCGUCAGGGAGCAGCUUCUGCAGGAGAAGAAACUCCUAGAAGAAAGUGAGAAGAACAGGGAGAAGGUCGAUGAAUGCCAGAAAUAUGCCAAGCAGUACAUCGAUGCCAUCAAGGAUUUUGAGCUUCACCUUGUGACAUACAAAGCCCAAGUGGAACCGGCUGCUUCUCCCAUCAAAAAGCCAAAGGUCCAAUCGGCAUCAGACAACAUUAUACAAGAGUAUGUGGAGCUGCGCACCAAGUACAGCGAGUUGACCACCCUGACCAGUCAGUACAUUAAGUUCAUCACCGAGACCCUCAAGCGCCUGGAGGAGGAGGAGAGAGCGGCAGAGAAGCUAAAGGAAGAGGAGAGGAGGAGGCUGGCAGAGGUAGAGUCCCAGCUGGAGAAGCAAAGGCAACUUGCCGAGGCCCAUGAGAAAGCCAAAGCCCAGGCAGAGAAGGAGGCCAGGGAACUGAGGCUAAAUAUGCAGGAAGAAGUCUCCAGAAGGGAGGUCGUUGCCGUUGAUGCCGAACAGCAGAAAAAGACAAUCCAACAGGAGCUGCAGCAACUGAAGCAAAACUCCGAAAUGGAGAUCAAGACCAAAGCCAAACUCAUAGAAGAAGCUGAAAUCAACCGCACAAAGGUGGAAGAAGAGAUCAGAAUAAUCCGCCUCCAGCUGGAAACAAGCCAGAAACAAAAAUCAGGUGCCGAAAACGAGCUACGGGAGCUGCGAGCGCGGGCAGAGGAGGCCGAGAGGCAGAAGAGGCUCGCCCAGGAGGAGGCCGAACGCUUGCGCAAACAGGUGAAGGACGAAACCCUGAAGAAACGGGAGGCUGAGGAGGAGCUUCAGCGCAAGGUACAGGCUGAGAGGGAUGCGGCACGGGAAAAGCAGAAGGCCAUGGAUGACCUGGAAAAGUUCCGACUUCUAGCAGAAGAAGCAGAGAGGAGGAUGAAGCAGGCUGAGUUUGAGAAGGAACGGCAGAUCAAACAGGCUCAAGAUGUGGCCCAGCAGAGCGCCGACGCCGAGCUGCAGAGCAAGCGCAUGUCCUUCCUCGAAAAAACCACCCAGCUGGAAAUGUCCCUGAAGCAGGAGCACAUCACUGUCACCCAUCUACAGGAGGAAGCCGAGCGCCUCAAAAAACAACAAUUGGAGGCUGAGAAGGCAAGAGAGGAUGCGGAAAAAGAGCUGGAGAAGUGGAGGCAGAAAGCCAACGAGGCCUUGCGUCUAAGGCUCCAGGCAGAAGAAGUUGCUCACAAGAAAACAGUAGCACAGGAGGAGGCUGAGAAACAAAAAGAGGAUGCAGAGAGAGAAACCCGCAAAAGAACAAAGGCUGAAGAGUUUGCUCUGCGUCAGAAGGAACUGGCGGAGGCAGAGCUUGAUAAACAGCGAAAGCUUGCCGAAGACACCGCCCAACACAAGUUUUCCGCUGAGCAGGAGCUUAUUCGUCUGAAAGCCGAGAUGGAAAAUGGUGAACAGCACCGUAUAGUUCUGGAGGAGGAUCUUUACCGCCUUAAAAAUGAGGUGAAUGAAGCCAUUCACAAGAGAAAAGGUCUGGAAGAAGAGCUGGCCAAGGUGCGAGCUGAAAUGGAAAUUCUCCUUAAGGCCAAAGCCAAGGCAGAAGAAGAAUCCCGCUCAGCCAGUGAAAAGUCCAAGCAGAUGCUAGAGUCUGAGGCAGACAAGCUACGUGAGCUUGCAGAAGAAGCUGCAAAGUUGCGAGCCAUCUCUGAAGAGGUCAAGAGGCAAAGGCAGUCAGCCGAGGAGGAGGCCACCCGUCAGAGAGCCGAAGCAGAGAGGAUUCUAAAGGAGAAACUGGCAGCCAUCAAUGAAGCCACAAAACUAAAAACGGAGGCUGAAAUUGCCUUGAAAGAGAAAGAGGCAGAAAAUGAGCGUCUCAGGAGGCUGGCAGAAGAUGAGGCAUACCAAAGGAAGCUCUUGGAGGAACAAGCAGCCCAGCACAAACAAGACAUCGAAGAAAAGAUCCUCCAGCUCAAACAGUCCUCUGAAAGUGAGCUGGAAAGACAGAGGACUAUUGUGGAUGAGACCAUGAAGCACAGAAGAGUCAUCGAAGAAGAGAUCCGAAUCCUCAAAAUUAACUUUGAGAAGGCGUCUGCUGGAAAGUCUGACCUGGAACUGGAGCUGAACAAACUGAAAAACAUAGCGGACGAGACACAGAAGAGCAAGGUGAAAGCUGAGCAAGAGGCGGAGAAACAGAGGCAGCUUGCACUCGAAGAGGAGAACAGGCGAAGGGAGGCAGAAGACAAGGUCAAAAAGAUCAUCGCCGCAGAGCAAGAAGCUGCCCGACAGCGCAAAACAGCCCUGGAAGAGGUGGAGAGGCUGAAGGCCAAAGCAGAAGAGGCCAAAAAGCAAAAAGAACUGGCAGAAAAGGAAGCAGAGAAACAAAUUCAGCUGGCCCGGGAAGCUGCACACAAGAAAAUUGAAGCUGAGGAAAAAGCUUACUUUGCCGCUGUUCAGCAGAAAGAGCAAGAGCUACUGCAAACAAGGAUACAGGAGCAGAGCGCUCUCGAUAAACUGAAGGAAGAAGCCGAGAGAGCCAAGCGCAUGGCGGAGGAAGCAGAACGCGCCCGUACUAGAGCGGAACAUGAAGCUGCUUUAUCUCGCCAGCAGGCAGAGGAGGCCGAGCGCUUGAAACAGAAAGCUGAGGAGGAGGCACAGGCUAAAGCUCAAGCUCAGGAAGAAGCCGAGAAGAUCAGGAAAGAGGCAGAACUAGAAGCGGCUAUGAGAGGCCAGGCAGAGCAAGCUGCUCUGAAGCAAAAGCAAUUGGCCGAUGCUGAAAUGGAAAAACAUAAGAAAUUUGCAGAGAAAACUCUAAGGCAAAAGGAGCAAGUAGAGGGUGAACUGACUAAAGUUAGACUGCAGUUAGAGCAAACCGACCACCAGAAGACCAUCUUGGAUGAUGAGCUUGGGCGUCUAAAGGAGGAGGUGACAGACUCCCUAAGACAGAAGAAGCUUGUGGAAGAAGAACUCUUUAAGGUAAAAAUACAAAUGGAAGAACUAAUCAAGCUGAAGAUUCGCAUCGAACAGGAAAACAAGAUGCUCAUCUCAAAGGACAAAGACAACACCCAAAAAUUCUUAGCUGAAGAGGCAGAGAAGAUGAAACAAGUUGCCGAAGAAGCUGCCCGUCUUAGCAUCGAAGCUCAGGAGGCAGCUCGCCUCAGGAAACUUGCCGAGGAUGAACUUUCUGAGCAGCGGGCAUUGGCUGAGAAGAUGUUGAAGGAGAAGAUGCAAGCUGUCCAAGAGGCCACUCGCUUAAAGGCUGAGGCUGAACUUCUCCAAAAGCAGAAAGAGCUGGCCGUGGAGCAGGCCAAGAAGCUGCAAGAAGAUAAAGAACUAAUGAAGCAGCAGCUCGCUGAAGAAACAGAGGGCUUCCAAAAGAUCCUAGAAGAGGAGCGCCGGCGGCAGCUUGACAUCAGCACCGAGGCAGAACAUCUCAAACUGCAAGUGGCCGAACUCAGCAAAGCCCAGUCCAGAGCUGAAGAAGAAGCCAAGAAAUUCAGAAAACAGGCAGAGGAAAUCAGCGAGAAGCUGCACAAGACGGAACUUUCCACCAAGGAGAAAAUGACUGUGGUGCACACCCUUGAAAUCCAGAGGCAACAGAGCGACAAAGAGGCAGAAGACCUGAAAAAAGCCAUCGCUGAACUCGAGAAGGAGAAAGAGAAACUGAAAAGAGAAGCACAACUGCUACAGAAAAAGUCUGAAGAGAUGGAGAAAGCCCAAGUAGAGCAACUACGCCAAGAAACCGAAACCCUCCAGUCAACUUUCCUUUCCGAGAAACACAUCCUGAUACAAAAAGAGAAGUACAUUGAAGAGGAGAAGGCCAAACUAGAGAAGCUGUUUGAAACAGAGGUCAACAAAGCUCAGAAUCUGCAAGGAGAGAAGGAACGGCAGCUGAAGCAGCUGGAGGAGGAGAAAAGACUUCUGAAGACCUCCAUGGAUGAUGCCUUCAAAAAGCAAAAAGAGGCCGAAGACAAAGUUAGACAAAAACAAGACGAGCUACAGCAGCUGGAUAAGAAGAGGCAGGAUCAAGAGAGGCUGUUGGAGGAGGAAAACAGAAAACUUAGGGAAAAACUUGAGCAACUGGAGAAGGAACAUAAACUGGCUUUGGAGAAAACAAAGGAAAUCACCAUCCACAAAGAGACUAUCAUAACGCAGACAGCGGUCUUGCCGAACGGUAGAGAUGCUGUUGACGGCACAGCUCAGAAUGGAGAACAAGAGAAUGCAUUUGAUGGCCUGAGGCAGAAAGUCUCUCCAGAAAAGCUACUAGAGGCUGGAAUCUUGACCAAAGAAAUGUACGACAAGCUGAAAAAGAAGGUGGUGUCUGUGCAAGAAGUUUCCAAGUGGGAUGAUAUCCGGAAAUACCUUCAGGGCAAGAGCAGCAUCGCCGGCCUGCUCCUUAAGCCAAGUAAUGAGAAGAUCAGUAUUUACAGUGCCAUGAAGAAGAAACUGCUCCCACCGGGCACAGCACUUAUUUUACUGGAGGCUCAGGCUGCUUCUGGCUACAUAAUCGACCCAGUGACCAACAAGAGGUUGACGGUCAGUGAAGCAGUAAAAGAAAACGUCAUUGGCCCUGAAAUACACAAUAAAAUGCUGUCUGCUGAAAGGGCUGUUACUGGCUACAAAGAUCCAUACACAGGAGAAAAAAUUUCUCUCUUCCAAGCCAUGAAUAAGGACUUAAUUGUGAAAGAUCACGGCAUCCGCCUUCUGGAAGCCCAGAUUGCCACAGGGGGCAUUAUAGACCCAGUAAACAGUCAUCGCGUGCCUAUUGAGGCGGCUUACAAACGAGGCUACUUUGAUGAGGAAAUGAAUAAGGUCCUGUCAGAUCCCACAGAUGAUACCAAAGGCUUCUUUGACCCUAACACUCAAGAAAACCUCACAUAUUUGCAGCUAAUGGAAAGGUGCAUCGUAGACCCAGAAACUCGCCUCUGUUUGUUGCCUCUAACUGACAAAGCCGGGAAAGAACUGGUCUACACUGACUCAGAAGCCAAGGAUGUCUUUAAAAAGGCCACGGUCUCUGUUCCUUUUGGCAAAUUCCAGGGAAAGACUGUAACCAUCUGGGAAAUAAUCAACUCCGAGUACUUUACUGAAGAACAGAGACGGGACCUGCUACGGCAGUAUAAAACUGGGAAGAUCACUGUGGAAAAGAUCAUUAAGAUUGUAAUUACGGUGGUGGAAGAAAACGAGAAGAAGAAAGAACUGUGCUUUGAUGGCCUCAGAGGUCCAGUCCCUGCCGCAGAACUAGUCGAUAGUAAAAUUAUCGAUAAAGAUCUCUUCAACCAUCUGCAUCAAGGCAAGAAGUCUGUCAAGGACGUAUCCGACCUUGAGGCAGUUAGAAAGUAUUUAACCGGAAGCACGGCCAUUGCUGGCGUUCAAGUGGAGAAAACGGGCCAGAAGCUCACCUUCUAUGAUGCCAUACUGAAGAAUCUGAUGAAACCUGCCACGGCCCUAAAUCUGCUGGAAGCACAAGCAGGCACUGGGUACAUCAUAGAUCCCGUUCAGAAUAAACUUAUGCCGGUAGAUGAGGCCGUUAAAGCUGGCAUCGUCGGACCAGAAUACCAUGAGAAGCUGCUCUCCGCGGAGAAAGCCGUCACUGGCUACAAGGAUCCGUACACUGGACAAACAUCAUCACUAUUCCAGGCUCUCAAAAAAGGGCUUAUCCCUAAAGAUAGUGGCAUCCGCCUCUUAGAUGCACAGCUGGCCACUGGGGGCAUCAUAGACCCAGUUAAAAACCAUCGCCUUCCACUUGACGUUGCCUAUAAACGUGGCCAUUUAGAUGAGGAAACCACUAAACUUCUUUCAGAGUCCACUGAUGACAGCACUGGUUUCUAUGACCCCAACAGUCAGGAAAUUCUGACUUAUUCACAGCUACAAAAGAAAUGCAAGGUAGACAAAAAAACUGGCCACUACUUGCUGCCUCUGUCCGACCAAGCCAUACAAGCGCAGCAAGAAGAGAUCUACACCGAUUUACAAGCCAAAGAAGCAUUCGAUAAGACAACAAUCGAGGUACCAAGUGGCACCUUUAAAGGAAAGACUGUAACAAUCUGGGAGUUAAUAAACUCUGAAUAUUUCACAGAGGAACAAAGGCGUGAACUGAUCCGGCAGUACAAGACCGGGAAAGUUACAAUUGAGAAGAUAAUUAAGAUAAUAAUCACUAUUGUGGAGGAGACCGAGACAAAGAAGCAACAACGUCUGACAUUCACUGGUCUGAGGGCCCCUGUUCCAGCCACUGAGCUUCUGGAGUCCAAGAUUAUAGACAAGACUCAAUAUGAGAAGCUAAAAGAGGGCACGGUGUCUGUGAAAGAAAUAUCCGAAACAGAUUCUGUUAGGAAGUAUCUGCAAGGCAGCGACUGUAUUGCUGGUGUCUAUGUGGAAGAAAGCAAGUUGAAGAUGCCCAUUUACCAAGCAAUGAAAAGGAAUUUCCUCAGGCCCGGAACUGCCCUGGUUCUCCUGGAGGCUCAGGCUGCCACUGGGUUCAUAAUUGAUCCCAUCAAGAACAAAAAACUGUACGUUAAUGAGGCCGUCAAAGCUGGUGUCGUGGGUCCUGAACUCCAUGAGAAACUUCUCUCGGCAGAGAAAGCUGUGACUGGAUACAAAGAUCCCUACUCGGGAAAUACUAUCUCUGUCUUCGAAGCUUUGCAGAAAGGUCUUAUCCUGAAGGAGCAUGGAAUUCGCCUGUUAGAAGCUCAGAUUGCCACCGGAGGCAUCAUAGACCCUGUUCACAGUCACCGUGUCCCUGUGGAAGUUGCCUACCAGCGUGGAUACUUCGACGAUGCCAUGAGCAAGAUCUUGUCUGAUCCCACUGAUGACACCAAAGGCUUUUUUGACCCCAAUACACACGAGAACCUUACAUACCUACAGCUGAAAGAGAGAUGCAUUAAAGAUCCUGACACGGGUCUAAAUCUCCUUCCCUUAAAGAAAGUGGAGAAGACACCUGAAAGUCCUAAAGGUUACAGUGAAGCAGAAACAAGGAAGGUGUUUGAGGAGACUUCAGUAGACAUUCCCGCUGGGAGCAUGGCUGGCUCGUCUAUGACUAUAUGGGAGUUGAUGCAAUCAGAUCUUCUUCCUCCAGAAGAAAGAGACAGACUGAUGGAGGAAUUCCGUGCUGGCAGACUGACCAAAGAACGAAUGAUUAUCAUAAUCAUUGAAAUUAUUGAGAAAACGGAGAUUGUCAAGCAGCAGGAGUUGUAUUCCUACGACUUUGUGAGACGCCGCAUCACGGCCGAAGAGUUGUACGAGUCCAAGCUCAUCACGUUGGAAAUCUACAACUUGCUCAAACAGGGCACCAAGACCAUCCAAGAAGUCAUUCAGAUAGAGUCUGUCCUGAGAUACUUGUACGGCACGGGCUGCGUCGCGGGGCUACAGGCGCCGGCAUCUAAAGAAACCAUCAGCAUUUACCAAGCAAUGAAGAAAGGUUUUAUCACUUCUGACGUAGCACACGUUCUGCUUGAGGCACAGGCCGCCACCGGCUUCAUUAUUGAUCCCGUAAAGAACGAAUUACUAACCGUAGACGAGGCUGUGCGAAAAGGGGUUGUGGGACCUGAAAUUCAUGACCGACUUCUCUCUGCCGAAAGAGCUGUGACCGGCUACAGAGAUCCCUACACCGAGCAGAUGAUCUCGGUCUUCCAAGCAAUGAAAAAAGAUUUAAUCCCAUCCGAUCAAGCCCUGAGACUGCUUGAUGCCCAGUUAGCCACGGGUGGUGCCAUAGACCCCAGAUUUGGAUUCCACAUCCCUAAUGACAUUGCAAUCGCCCGGGGAUAUCUGAACAAAGAUGCGUUAGAAAUGAUGUCCGAACCCAGUGAAGUUCGUAGUUAUACCGACCCAUCGACAGAGGAGAAGCUUAGCUAUUCCCAGCUCCUAAAGAGGUGCCAUAGACAUGAGAAAAGCAACCUUUUCCUCCUUCCACUCGCAGACAAGAGAAAGCUGACAUUCAAGGGUCUAAGGAAAGAGAUCAGCAUGGAAGAACUGGUGCGAUCUCAAAUCAUGGAUGCGGUUACAGCUCAGCGCCUUCAAGAUGGUUUAACUUCUAUUGAGGAGGUUUCACAAACCCUGCAGAAAUUCCUGGAGGGGACAAGCUGCAUUGCUGGUGUCUAUGUGGAAUCUUCCAAGGAGAGAUUUUCUAUCUACCAAGCCAUGAAAAAGGGCAUGAUCCGACCAGGUACGGCGUUUGAGUUGCUCGAAGCCCAAGCCGCUACAGGGUAUGUUAUCGACCCAAUCAAGUGCCUGAAGUUAGCUGUUGAAGAUGCUGUUCGCAUGGGAAUAGUAGGUCCAGAAUUCAAAGAUAAGCUUCUGUCAGCAGAGAGAGCAGUAACUGGUUAUAAAGAUCCUUAUUCUGGAAAGAUAAUUUCCCUUUUCCAAGCCAUGAAGAAAGGCCUUAUCCUUAAAGAUCAUGGAAUUCGCUUAUUGGAGGCCCAGAUUGCCACAGGAGGCAUCAUUGACCCGGAAGAAAGCCAUCGCUUGCCAGUGGAAGUUGCCUACAAAAGAGGUCUUUUCGACGAGGAAAUGAAUGAGAUCCUUACUGAUCCAAGUGACGACACCAAGGGCUUCUUUGACCCCAACACAGAGGAGAACCUAACCUACCUUCAGCUGAUGGAAAGGUGCAUGACUGACCCUGAAACUGGCCUUUGUCUUCUGCCCCUGAAAGAAAAGAAGCGUGAAAGAAAAACCUCUUCAAAGUCCUCUGUUCGUAAGCGCAGAGUCGUUAUCGUUGACCCUGAAACUGGUAAAGAGAUGUCUGUGUAUGAGGCUUAUCGCAAGGGACUCAUUGACCAUCAGACCUACAUAGAACUCUCUGAACAAGAAUGUGAGUGGGAGGAGGUCACGAUCUCUUCAUCAGAUGGAGUGGUAAAGUCCAUGAUCACCGACAGAAGAUCAGGAAGGCAAUAUGAUAUUGAUGAUGCCCUUUCUAAAGGCCUUAUAGACCAGUCUUCACUGGAUCAAUAUCGCUCAGGUUCAUUGUCCAUAACAGAAUUUGCCGAUAUGCUCUCAGGCAACGUUGGCGGAUACCGUUCUAGAUCCUCUUCUGUCGGCUCAUCUUCCUCAUAUCCAGCAAGCCCAGCUGGUCGCCCUCAGGUGUCCUGGAGUGACCCAAGUGAGGAGACUGGCCCCAUCGCAGGUAUUGUUGACACCGACACAUUGGAAAAGGUAUCGGUGACAGAAGCCAUGCAUCGCAACCUCGUAGAUAACAUCACUGGGCAGAGAUUGCUAGAAGCUCAAGCUUGUACAGGAGGCAUCAUUGACCCCGUCACUGGGGAGAAGUAUACUGUUGCUGAUGCAGUCAAUAAAGGCCUAGUAGAUAAAAUAAUGGUCGACAGAAUUAACCUUGCCCAGAAAGCUUACAAUGGCUUUGAAGAUCCAAGAACAAAGACAAAAAUGUCCGCCGCCCAAGCCUUGAAGAAGGGUUGGUUAUACUAUGAAGCCGGCCAGCGGUUCCUCGAGGUGCAGUACCUCACUGGUGGCCUUAUUGAGCCGGAGACAGAAGGGCGCGUUAGCCUGGAGGAUGCACUUCACAAGGGCACAAUUGAUUCAAGAACAGCCCAAAAACUGCGAGACAUUAACACUUACUCCAAAUAUCUGACUUGUCCUAAAACCAAGCUGAAGAUUUCCUACAAAGAAGCCAUGGAGAAGAGCAUGGUUGAAGAUGGAACUGGGCUAAGACUCCUGGAAGCCUCCUCCCAGUCCAGCAAGGGCUACUACAGUCCCUACAAUGUCAGUGGUUCUGGCUCAGCCUCAGGUUCCCGGUCCGGAUCAAGAACUGGUUCCAGAUCUGGUUCAAGACGAGGAAGCUUUGAUGCCACCGGUUCUGGCUCCGGCUCCGGCUUCUCCAUGACCUUUUCCUCUUCCUCCUAUUCCUCCAGCAGCUAUGGCCGCAGAUACACAACUGGAGCCCAAGCGAGUCCCAUGGACGCAACUCAACUUGCCAAUGCACUGUUUCACCUAAGUCAAAACUGUAGCCAGGAAGCAAACCGGGGGGGGAUCGACAUGUUGCCCCCCCUACUUACUGGCCUAGUAUAAUGCUUAGCACUGCAACCCCCCCGCCCCCCCCCAAUGGACUUGAAUCCCCUUUCCUGCUCUGCAUGUGGUGACGCUUUACUUGGACUUUUAUUUUAUAAAUAUAUAUAUAUAUAAUAUAACAUUCAGUUUAUUUCUAACUGUAUUCCAAAGCAGUGCCUAAAAUUUUAACCAAAAAAGCCUGGAAGAAGCCCAUUUUAGCCGCGAGGCGGAAUGUAUUCAUACUCUUCAGAUGCUGUUUGUAUAUUGAGAGAAGACUAAGAGAACACUAUCGUCCAGCACCUAGAACUUUACACGCACUUUGUGCCGACGCUCUGGAACAGGAGAAUCUCAGCAUUUUUGGUUAAUUUUUGUUUUUUUGUUGAUGGGGCCCUGCAUAGCAACUCCAUAGCUACCAGCAAAAGUAGGAAUCAAGCCAGUCCAUCACUCCCUCCACCUCCAACUCAAGUGACCACAUUGCCCGCUACCAGGACCCCCGUUGCCCCCGCUCCAUGCUGCCUACUGCCCCUCUUGCCCUCAGGGCUCCGGUGUUUAUGGAACUCGCACCUUCCGUAUAUCCCUUGGCCGAAUAACCGUAUACUCACUGUACAGAGGCACCUUGCUUUCCGACACUGUUGAGAUUGUGACACAGAGAGACGUGUAUCUUUAACCCCUUCGUCACUGGUUGUCUUCCCCUUCAUCCCUUCAUGCUCAACACUCCAUCAGGAUUCAUCUCAGCCCUCCGAAGUGCCCCCCACUGCCCCUCCUCCAAUCGGUGAUGACCCAGCGGAACAGGGACGUCCCUGUGAUCCUUCCGUCUCCCGGGCGAGAUCCCCCCACACGGCAGAUCUGGUGCUGCACCCCCACAUUCAGUGUUUCCGGACGUCCCGCCCGACAGGCUGGGGGUGGGGUGGGGGGGCGCUGACCCCCUUCCAUUUCCAGAAAUGUAACGGACCUUCCGCUGACACUUGGGAUGUGGCAGCUGCUGUGUCUGUCAGCCCUUGGGGAUAAGGAAUACGACCGCCAUUCCCACUCACUUCCGGAGGGAAUCCUGCCCUUCCUCCCUGCCCCAGCCUGGGGUAUUUACCUGACAAAUUGACUGUUACCCCCGUGUGGUUCUCCCGCUCUGUGUCACGUCCCCCCCCGUCAGGCCCAGAGCCUUCAUCCCCCAGAUACCAUACUCAUCCCAUGGACAUUACAUUUCCUUCCUCCCAGAAUCCUCUGCUCUUACCCAUAAUGCUAGAGGGUUAGCUCAUGUGGCAAUGAUAAUAUGUGGCCUUGUGUAUCCCCUUCACCCCCCGAUAAUAUUCCCCUUCUGGGGGUUCAGAUGCAUUUGCCCCUGUAGGGUCAGUCCUGCCCAUCUGCCCUGUGUGGGGUUUGUAGCUGCCCCUUUAUACAUUGGACUGAUCCAUUGUCAUGGAAACGCCACGUAGUGUAAAUAACUCCCAGUACUGUCAGUAACAUUGCUAUUAAUACUGUUACUCCCAUUGGUGCUCCCCACUUGUUUCUUUAUUUGGGGGGUGAAGGGGAUCCAGUUUGUAUUGAGAUUUCAAUGGUUCCCCCUCUUCCAGUGCCGGGUGGUACGGUCUGACCCGCCCCCUGGCUGGAAUGGGCGGAGCCUUCCUGAACUGAACACUAAGAUUAAUGUAGAGACGCGGCGCCGAGUGUUUAACUCUCUCAGUAAAACUGAUUGUAUCUUAUUAA